CAUUCUUUUUACGACUUCCUGCUCGAACUCAAAAAGAAGUAAUAAUAAAUAGUGCCGUAUGGCACGAAAAUACAAACAAUUUGUUAGAUGCCUGUGAAUUAUAUGCCUUGCUAUUGAAGGCAUAUCCUGAUACUGUCAUUUAUUAUGGGGCACACGCUGCUCAACUUGCAUUAAAGUGUGAAAUCCAAUACAAACCACUUUCAGAGUGCAAUAAGUAUAGAAAAUUAUUUGUGGAGGGCAUAUUAGAGCCAAUACUUCGUCAAAAUAUAGUCAUACAUCAUGAAGCAUGCCUCCCUCUUGAAAUUAAAGUCUUUAAUCCACAAAAGGAAACACCCCUUCCCAUUUCAACUUCGACAUCUCCACAACCAAAUUAUCCGACUAAUUUUAACAUAACUUAUGGCCAGUUGAAAACAUGGCUUGAAAGAGCUCAAGGCUUCUAUAUAGCUAGCAAAGAGUGGAGAAAG